GUUUCUUAUAUAUAUACACUAUAAAGAUCAGUUACAGUCAUCUGUCUCCUACAGCUUUCACUUGUUGCUUUUUCAGCUGUACACUUAAAGAGAGGCAUUGAUUUAAUAACAAAAGAACCCUAGAAAGGAACAAAACGGAAAACAUGACUGAGGAGCAGCAGUGUGUUCAGAUGCCUAGAGUGAAACUGGGAACUCAAGGGCUUGAGGUCUCCAAGUUGGGAUUUGGCUGUAUGGGACUAUCCGGAUUCUACAAUGAUCCUGUUCCUGAUAAUGUUGGUAUAUCAAUCAUCAAGCACGCAUUCGACAAAGGAAUCACUUUCUUUGAUACAUCAGAUAUCUAUGGACCCCAAAUUAAUGAAAUAUUGGUUGGAAAGGCAUUGAAGCAACUACCGCGAGAAAAGGUACAGUUAGCCACAAAAUUUGGUAUUGUAAAAGUGGAUGCUGCAGCUGGUUUCAUAAUAAAUGGUACACCUGAAUAUGUCCGUGCCUCUGUCGAGGCUAGUCUGAAACGCCUUGAUGUGGAAUACAUCGAUCUCUACUAUCAGCACAGGAUCGACACCAAAACACCAAUAGAGGAUACUAUGGGAGAACUCAAGAAGUUGGUGGAAGAGGGAAAAAUAAAGUACAUUGGUUUAUCUGAAGCAAGCCCUGAAACUAUAAGGAGGGCACAUGCUGUUCAUCCCAUCACUGCUGUACAGAUGGAGUGGUCGCUCUGGACUCGUGAUAUUGAGGAGGAAAUAGUCCCCCUUUGCAGGGAACUUGGGAUUGGGAUAGUUCCAUAUAGCCCUCUUGGUCGUGGUUUCUUCGGUGGCAAAGCAGUUGUGGAAAGUGUGCCUGCAAAUAGUUUUCUGACACAUCACCCGAGGUUUCAAGGAGAAAACUUGGACAGAAACAAGAACUUAUAUUUGCAAAUAGAGAAGUUGGCUCAAAAGCAUGGAUGUACCACUUCACAACUAGCACUUGCCUGGGUUCUUCAUCAAGGUGAUGAUGUGGCACCUAUUCCUGGAACAACCAAGAUAAAAAAUCUUGACAGCAACAUUGAUUGUCUAAGAGUGAAGCUCACAGAAGAAGAUUUAAAAGAGAUUACCAAUGUGAUUCCCAUCAACCAGGCAGCGGGACCUCGAACACUAGAUAGUUUUUUACAGGUCUCAUGGAAAUUCGCUAAUACACCCCCAAAGGACAACAAGAUUUAAAGUAAUUAGGGAUGCAUGGUUAUGCCUGCAGCAGAAUAUGAUGCAUCUGGUCCAUGGACUCUCCGGCAACUGAAGCCAUUAAAGGACUAGAAGUUUGCAUUGAUAAGUUACUAAGCUUACAUAAAAAAAUAUAUAAAAAAUAAGAAAAAAGAAAAGAAAGAAGGGUUCAGUGAAUGCAGUAUCCAUAAAUAGGCUAAUACUGUUUUAAACGUGUUAGACACAAAAUAAACAUACAUGAAUUGCGAGGUUUAGCUACCUACUUGGCUGUUGAAUGCAUGUACUUGUCUGGUUUUUCUGUAUGUGCUUAGUUACC